AUGUGCGGCUAUGUGGAGUUUUUCUUCAACCUUCUGAACAUGCAAGACAACAUCUUGGCCAAGGUUGGCAUCCUCCGCGUGCUGCGGCUUGCAAGAAUAGUUCGGCUCAUGCAACUGCUUCGCAAAAGCCGUUCACUGAAGGAGCUGCAAAAGCUGGUCACGAUGCUGGCCACCUGCUUGAAGGCACUGCUGUGGUCCUUCCUGUUUUGCUUCGUUAUCAUGACAGUAUGGGCCAUGCUCCUGGUAGAGAUCGUGCACCCGUUAGUGAUGGAGCUUAACGAUGCGACCGACGUGUUCCAGGACUGCCCGCAGUGCUUGCGGGCAACCUCCUCCGUGAUGCACGCCAAUUUGUUGCUCUUCAAGACGGUCAUUGCUGGGGAUAGCUGGGGUCGCAUUGCAGUUCCUGUGAUAGAAGCCCAUCCAUUGACAGCCAUCAUUUUCAUGGGCUCCUUGCUGACGCUGGUCUUUGGCGUCCUGAACAUGAUUGUGGCAGUGGUGGUGGACACCUUUGCGGAAGUCCGCGAGAGCGAUGUCAUGCAGCUGGCUGAAGAGCUGGAUCACAAUCUGAAGAAAGAUAGGAAAUACUUGCAAAAGAUCUUCGACCGCUUGGAUGAAAGCGGAAGUGGCGAGCUCACUCUGGAAAACCUCCUGGAGGGAGCCCGAAGGGACCCCGAGUUUCAGAGCCGACUUCGAGUCAUGGACAUUGACGAGGUGGACUUGCAGCAGCUCUUCGAGAUGAUCGACGCCGACGGCUCAGGGGCCAUCGAAGCCCAUGAGUUCAUUGCCCCUCUGAGCCGAUGGGUGCGCGACUCGAAGACAGCUCCAAGAUUCAUCAAGCACAACAUGCUCCAGUCGCUGGACAUGCAGGAGGAACUUCUGAAGCUGCAGCAGUACCACUUUUCGCAGCUUUCCCAGCGAAUUGACAGCCUGGCAGCCGGGACGUUGGCUCCAGCCGAGGCACACUUCUCAGAUGGGAUGGGAACUGAAGGCGAUGUGGAUGACGGAAAUCCAAUUCUGCAGACUUUGCCAGAGACAGAGGAAGACACAAUUCAGCAAGAUGUCAAUGAGCCUGGAUGCGAGCUGGGUAUCGAGCAGCCGGCUGUGUCUCCGUAUCUGUCUUUCGCUGCAGAGCGACAGCCAAAACCAGAUCCGCCCGCCGCUUCCCCAAUCUCCACGCCGCACGAGCGCGAGAAGAAUGAGACGCCAAGUGACGUGACAGGUGAUCUGUUUACUGUGGGCGAUAUGGACGUGCACGAGCCAACUGGACCGGGCAGUGGGACGGCCAGACCACGGCAGGUGGCUUCAAAGGAUCCUUCCAGAGCACCUCGCAAAAGCAUCCGCUCCAGUGAGGGGUCAAGUGCUCUCGCCUUGUUCGAGCGCCUGCGAAACGGCAUGACUGGUGAUGAGGUGCAGUCGGCGCUGUCCAGAGCCCUGGAAGCCUUCGAAGUAUCUUUCGAGAUCGGCAUGAGGAAGGCAUCUGAGCGGCUACUGCUGCAGUGCAUGGCCAAGGCUGAGGCGGCCCUGCAGGAGCACCUGGGCCCAGGGCGGAACUACAGCUCCACCAGUUGGAGCCGCCUCAGCUCAAUGGAACACGUCCGGGCCGGUAGAUCCCAGAGCCGGCAAAGUACGCAGCGCGUAGAUGGCCCGCCCCCCCCAGCCCGGCGGAGGUCCAUUCGCAAGAGCUUGGGACCUUCGACGGCUACCGGAUCCUUCUGGGACCUGGACAGCUAG